GAAAGAUUUUCUAACCAGUUAAUUACUUUUAGGAUACGACUCACAUAAGGAGGGUCUGUCAUUCUGCAGGCGUUAGCCUGCGUAAUAUUGCAUUAUUUAUUAGUUUUUCAUUUGUUCGCCAAUAUUGGCAUACAUUGUGUUAAUAUUUUUACAGUAUUGUCUUAAUGAAAAUAAUCAGAAAACUUCGUAUAUACCAAUUGAUCGGCUAAACGAGUAAGCGUUAAAAUACAGUAUAUUAAUAUUAUUUUAUUCAAUAAUCUGUUAAAAAAUUAGUAUUUAGUUGAAAGUCAUAAAUUCACUCAGUUUCGUUCAAUUUUCAAUUUUUGUCGACGAACAAGUCUAGCCUAUAGUGUUUUAAAAUUUUUCGUUCAAUUACGUAUCAGUAAUUUUAACCUUAUUCAGACGGUAUUGGAAUCGUAUUUACACAAAUUCAUCUAUUUAUCUAUGAUUUACUAAUCAAAGACAGGAUUUUUCAUAUGAUUUUCUGGAAGUAAUUUGCAGUCGAAUUUAUCAUAUACAAAGUUUUGAAAAUUGCCAUACAAUAGAGGUCGGUGUGCUACAACUUGAAGCCGAAUACGAAAACAGAAUUUUUUUUUUUUUUAUUUGUUUAUUACCUUGGUGACACAAGUGAAAAAAAAUGAAAAUAAAUUUGUUUUAUUUUUACGAAAAAAGAAGCACAAUAACGGUUAACUGUGAAGUGGAGGGUAAAACCGAAAAACCUAUAUUUAUUAAUUUUGAUUUUUUUUUUUAAAUUUUUCUUGGGGAAUCAUAAAAUUGGUACAGCAACGUCGAGUAACUAGUAAUUUAAUGUUCUAUAGUAAUUAUUUGUAUGGAUAGUAUUUCCUUUUCAAUACAAGACGAAAUAUCUAUACAUGAAUACCUUUUUUAUCGUAUUAUUUUGUGAAAAUAUACACAUUUUUAUAUGUCGUGGAUCCGGGGUGGAGGUAUUAUGGUAAUUAGUCCCCUCCGUCCCCUCUUGAACACCGUAGUAUACCUAGAUUGUUUUUUUUAUUGUAUUCCGGUAAAAUAUGUAAUAUAUAUAUAUAUAUCAAUAUUCGUCGUAGUAAAUGGUAUUGCCCCUCCAUCCUACAAUUAAUGUUUGGAUCACUGAGACGUUCAAAUAUAAAUAUUAACUAUAUAAAUAGUUACCCCGUUUACCAACGACGAGACAAAAUAUGUUAUAAUUUCUCCCAUUCGGCGUACAAGGGAGAAACUUUUUUAUCGCACAGAAAAAACAGCACAGGAUAGCUGUAUCGUGAUACUUUGUAAUAAUAAUAUAAUUAUAUUUUACUUGAAUGCAUAAUAUGUUAUCUUUUUAUACCACUGGGCUCAAAUUUUAUGCUGCAAAUAACUGAAAUAUGCGCUAUAAUAUGUCCUACAAUUUUUAAAAUAAUCUAUGAAAGUAUACCAUGAAAACAUGAAAAAUUACUAAAAAGAAAAUAUAUAUAUAUAUAUAUUUUAAAUUUCAUUUUUUUUUUUUUUAAUGUAUAAAUGAAAGAAGUUAUAAAUGUAAACUGUUCGAUGAGUGAAUUAGCUGGGCUACUUGAAAAUAAUAUUAUAAUAUGUAAUGAAAAUGUAUGUAUUUUUCCAAUGUGUUCACAUAAAUGAGAGAUUUUUUUUUACUAUUUACGAAAAAUAAAAAAUAAAUCAUUAUAUUAUGCGUAUUAGCAAAAAAUAGCACCAAAAAUUAAAAAAUUGCACUACAAAACUAAAAUACUUCAAGUAUUUAAAAAAAAUGUAAUAUUUUGCGAAUAAAACAAAAUGUAAAGAUCACCCUGCUACAUUUACCUGUACCUUAUAAUAACUAGCGAAUACUAUAAAAUCCAAGUCCCGAGUAUAAUAUAUCAAUAAUAGUUCAUAAAAAUAACCAUCCGUCUUACAUACUCGGACUGUUAUUAUCAAUAAUCAUUAUAAAUUAUAAUAAUCUCGAUAAUUACUAAUAUAACAUAACAACAUAAUGAUAUAAGUGAUGGCGAAAUUCAUGUAUAACUAUAGAUAAUAUUGUUAUAAUAAUGUGAAUUACUAUAUUAUAAUCCGUAAUUAUUUACGCAAGAACAACGUGAUAAAUAUUUGGUUGUUACUUUUACUGAAAGUUUGUUGUUUUUUUUUUUUUUUUUUAUAGUAUAAUAUAUAAUAUUAUUUCGACGCAACACUACACAUUAUACCUACUUGCAAUGUUUUACUCCAUGAUAAACACAAAAACAAACGUAUUUUUAAAUAGAAACAUUCGGUAUAUUAUUGUAACGGGCAUAACAUCGAACGUAUAAUAAUUCAGUUGUUUGCGAUUUAUUCGAUUAGGUUUUUCACGAUUUCUACAUAGUUACUCAAAAUAGGUAUGAUUUUGUACCGGUCGAGUGCAUAGCAAUGUUUUUGGAUAACGCUCAAAACUACACACAGUAAUCUUAUUGUAAAUUUCAAAACGUUCAACUAUUUCCAGGAGGCUACUUUUUAGGGCCAAUAUUAUUAGGACCCAGGAUACAUCCAGGAUUUUUUUUUAAGGAGGAGUUACUAAAUAAAAUUGUUUAAGGCCACAUGGUAUGAUUGGUAUUCUACAUUAUUAUAAAAUGAAUCAAAAUAGUUUUAAAAAGUGUUUUAUUCUUUGAAAAUAAUACUUUUUUAGAUUCUGAGUAGAGCGAAGAAGCAAUGGUUAGGUUUUUUUCUGUGAACAACUUUUCUACCAGAAAUAUUACUCCGAUUUACAAGCAUAGCACUUUUUCUGAAAGGAAAUUUGACUGAGAAGGUACUUUAAGGAAGUAAUUUUUUAUUUUUCAUAGAAUUUCUCUCAAUAAAUAGGAAAAAACGUGAAAAACAUGAAAUGGUUAUGAAAAUAGGUACAACGUUAAAUAAAUAUUGUUAAAGAAAAUGUUUGAUCCAUAUGUAAUUAUUUUACCAUAAUAUAACAUAUAUAUCGUUGACAAAGCAACCCUUUUAACUGAACUUCACUCAGAAUCGUUUUUUCGUUAGGAAUGGUUAAUCGCUGAUAUAUAUUAAAUAUGUAUAUAAUAUCAUAUAUAUCUGUAUUCUACCAAAUACCUUCCCAACUUCUCAUCUACAACAGUGGCUACACCCGUACCCAUUAUGCUUAGACAGCUUUUUAGUUUCAUUUUAUAGUGGAAAUACUUUAAGUAAUUAGUUUUAUUUGGUCGGUGCUCCAAAUUCUUCACACAUUACUUUAAAAGAUGCCUAAUUUUUCAGCUGGUGGUUUUUGAUUGAAAAUUUUUUCGGAAUUCACAAUAAUUAAAAUAUAACCCAUAAUCAUAUUACCUAUCAUCAUAUAAUAUCAAUAGUAUUCUUCGAUCCAUCUGAACUUAACCUUACAUUUUUUUGAAAAUACUGUUUUAUCUAUAUUAUUCGAAUAAAUAUUCUGAAUACUAUUUUAUACACGUAUUGGAUUAUGUAUUCUAAGUACUUUUAAAAAAAAUUUUACCCAAGUCUGGUUACAUAUUAUUAUAUGUAAUAUACUUCAGUUUUGGUAAUUUAUAAUUUUUCCCAUGUAAAAAUUUGAAGUCUGUAACUUUUAAAAUUAAUAAUUUGAUUUCAAACAGUUCAACCAUUAGGCGAGGUUUAAGGUACUGAAUUAUUAUUAUUAUUUUUUUUUUUAUUGUUAUGUUAAACAUAGAACCACUACAGAACUAUAGAUAAUUACUAUUUUUAUACGAUAUGUAUAAAUUUACGAUUCAUUUUGAAAGGCCAAAGAGGCAAAUUUUACUAGCAAAAAUUAACUGUGGACCAGAUGAUUCCCUGAACCUCCAACUAGAUCCACCACUGAUUGCAGAUCGUCAUACCUAUAAUGUUACAUUGCAUUACAAAUGUAUUCUUUAAGACAUAAUAUUUUUAGUAUGGAAUUGUACAAUAUACAUUAAUAAAAUAACGAUGUUUUAGGUUUUGAACGGAGCGAUAAAGUUCCAUGCUUUUACAUCGCACGAAAAAAUGUUGAAAAUGGAUUUUAAAAUACUUUUUAUACUUGCAAUUACUGUAGUUUUAGUAUGUCCGUCACUUUUAACCUCGUAAGUAUAUCUAUUAUCCAUGAUUAAAUAAACAAGUUGUGUCAGCAAAAAUACGUGUUUUUCCUAUCACCACGCAUGUGACCACAACUCGGAAGAAACGAAAAGAUAACCAUCCAUUCUGUUCAAUAACCGUGAUAAAAACAAGACGAUCUAGUAUCAAAUCAUUUCUUGUGUCGUGGCUUUAUCGUUUAUUCCAAGACGGAAGUUCAUAUCAUGUGCAAAACAAUUUCAAUGACACACGCCUGUUUAUUUACUUAUGGUUUAUCCUUCGGAUUAUUGUUGAAUAUAAUAUCAUAAAAUCAAUUUUUUAGAAUUUCUUCCACGGCUCCUAAACUAUUGGCUCUAGAAAAGAAUAGUGAUGAAGACAAUCAAAUGAGCGGUAAUGCAUUUAAAAAAAUAUUUAAACGCGAGCAUACAGAGCGAUUCAUUUUAUAUAUGUUCAAAUACUGAUUUUUGACAAUAUUUAAGAAAUCUAAAAUCUUUAAAAAAAAUAUCUUUAUUUAUUCACUUAAAAUUAAAAAUUAAAGAUGUAUUUAAUAACCAACAACUUAAGGCCCAUACUGGCUACUUUUAUUGGGCAAUUGCAGUUACCACUCAAAAUAUUCCCUAAACCAGUAGGGUUUUUGGGGGGCAUCUACUAUUACCACCCAGAGAAAAAAAAAAUGACUAUAAUUUAUCUGUAGUGUAGGUAAAUUAACAUAAUAUAUUAUGUAGUAUAUGAUAAACAUAAAAGUAUGACAAAAGGAAAAUAAAAAUAUUUCAUAUUCUCUCAUUUGGCGAAACUUUAAGUAAGAUUAUAGUAAAUGUUAACCAUUGUUAUCAUAAAAAAAUGAUUUUUAAAUAUAUAAAAAUGAUAUAACGAUAUAAUAAUACAUAUACUUCUCGCGAGUAUAAUAAACACUGUUAUAAUUGAGUAGUCGCGAAUGUCGAUUUAUAGAGUAAUUUAUUACAUACUGUUAAUGACGAUAAAUCAUUGAAAAUGAAAAAAAACGAUUCUGAACAAAAUUCUAAUCUCUUGUUAAUAGUAUUAGUUGUGCUUUGCUAUUUAUCUGAGGUAACUCAGAAAUAAACAAAAAUAAAAUUAAUGUAUCAUCAUUAUUUGUUAUUUUUUCUUUUUUUUUUAUGUGAAAACUUUUUCUACCAGAAAGCAUAUACCGAUUAUCAAGUAUGGUACUUUUUUUGUAAGGAAAUGUUCUGUGGGUGGUACUUUAGAGAGUUAUUUUUUUUUUAAAUCCUCAUUAAUAUUCGAGAUAAUGAGGAAAAUCUGGUUCUUUACGUUAAAUAAACAUUGAAAAAAUAUAGGUUGUCAUUGGCAACCGUUUUUAUUAAUUUUUUUUUAUUAUUUUAAAAUCUUUCUUAAACAAUCAUUGUCGUCAUGGAAACACUAAUUGUUGUAAUUAUUUUACCAUAAUAUGUAUAUAUUUUUGACAAAGCAACACUAUCAGCUGAACUCCGCUCACAAUUGUCUUUUCGAUAGCAAUGGUUUAUCGUUGCUUACAAAUAUACAUUAAAUUCCUGUCGGUAAACUGACUUUCCGAAUUUCCAUCUACAAAAGGAGCUGCACACACAUUCGAAAUAUAUCCUUUCUUUUUUUUAUUAUUUCAUAGAUUUACUGUGGGGAAUCUGGACAUUUUUUACUAGUAAAUGAAAAAUUCGCAUCUUUUAAAUACGAUUCGUACAACAUAGUCUUCUUGCUCUCCAAAAAAAGUAUUUUUUGGAAAACAAAAAAACGACCUAAUUUAAUGUGGAAAAUAUGCUCUUUUUAGGAUUCGAUAAACGACGGAGUUAUAUGGGUGUUUAGUAAAAAUAAAAUUAUUAAAAUGGUCGAGUAUUGACAUACUCGUAAAUAAAAAAAUUAAAUAAAUAUAUAUAAAUAAAAAAUGUACAUAUAAAAAUAAAAUAAAUGAAUCAAUGAGUUGCGUUUUACAUUUUUCCUGAUGAUGAAUUUUUAAUUCGAAAACGGUCGUAUAACACACUUAUCAUAAUACUUCAGACAACAUAUUGAUUAAUUCAUUUAUUUCAUUUUUAUAUAAACGUUUUUUAUUUAUAUAUUUAUUUACUUUAUUUGUCUAAUAGUUACUGAUUUUAAAUAAUCUCUCCUAUUAAAAUAAAUUAUUUCUAUAUUCUAUAUAAAACGAUCAAUUUGUAUUCAUUUUUUUUGUCUAUGUAUUCCUUAAUUUAAUUUUUUAUAUUCAGUCACGUUUUACAUUUUGACUAUAAUAUACCUGAUGAUGAAUUUUUAAUUCAAAACCGUUCGUACAAUACACUUAUCAUAAUACUCCAAGCGACACAUUCAUUAAUUAAUUUAUUUUAUUUUUAUAUAUAUAUAUUAUUUAUAUCUUUAUUUACUAGAUUAAUCAUCAUUGCUAACAAAAAACGAUUUCGAACGGAGUUCGGUUGUAUGUGUUUUAAAAGGCCGUAACGUUUACGACUUUCAGCAACAUUUGAUAUUAAAAUUCUAAUAAGAAAAUCUACAUUAAAGUCAAGUAUUUCUUAUUAACCACUAAGUAUAAAUAAUAAUGAAACUUCUGUUACAUUUUCAAGCAUUUCUGUGGACUCUUAUACUUUUGUAUACAGAUUAUCUACCGAAUAAAUAUUAUAUAAAACUUAUAGAACUAAAAUGUCUAUAAAUAGCUAAAAAUCUUUUAAAAUUGUAUAACGUUUUUACAAUGCUAAAAUAGGAUUUCUGUCCAAUUUUCAAGUCUCCACGAACAUUGACUGAAUUACAAUAAAAACACAAAAUUGAAAAUAAUAAAAGAACUAUAUUCAUAAAUUGUACGACGUAAAUCGUAUUUCCUACGUCUUUUCCGAAUUAUUUUGAAAACCUCGCGUUGAUCAAAAUCUAGUGUGAAGAUCUGCUAAAAUUUCUGAAAUUUACGUGAAUUCACAUUCUACCUACAUUAAACAUCUAGUUAACUUCAAUACAUCCGCAGAGAACGUAAUAUUAAAUUCUACGUGAACAAAGUAGCGAGUAGCAGCCGAGUAGAAUAAUAAAUAAUCGAAUUAUAUAGUUCAUAUUAUAUUGCCAGUUUAUCCUAAUCGAAUGAAAUAUUAGAGCAAAUAGUAGCACGAAAUCGAAAUUUUUAAUAUGCAUAUAAUUUUAAAAUUAUAUAAUAGAAAAUAAUGAUUUUGAGUUGUCUAUAAUCAGUACAGCGUUACGUUCAAUAUGUCGUAUGGGCAAAUAGGUUAAAGUAAUUAAAUAAACUCAUUAGCGGAAUUUUAAAUUCCGUAUUUUAAGUGGUUUUAAGUUGCAAAUAUACAAAGUCAUUUUGCAUAAAUUGUUAUAACCUCCUUAUAAAUCGUUUUAUAUAUUUCUUCUUAAUUGUAAAAUAUAAUUUCAGUCAUAAAUUACAAUUCAACUUUUUUUUUCAUUAUUUUUAUUUAAUCGUAAUAUUAUAAUAUGAUUACAUUAUUAUUAUUUUAUUUUUCGCAGGAGAUAUUGAAAGUAAAAAUUAUAUGAACUCAUUUGAUACUCCCAAAAAUAUACCGGAACAACUGAAAAAAAAUAUUCUAAAUGUCCAAAGGCGUCGCCAAAAGACUCGAGUCAUAAAAUAUAAAAAAGUAAAAAAUAGACGGAAUCAAAUAUGGAGACAGAAAAACAAAAAUGAAAGAGAACGAAGGUCGGUAGAGGAAACAGGAUAUUCGGAGAGAGAGGAUCCGCAAGAGGAAAUAAUAAGGAUUAAUCAGGCCGCACAAAGAGAUGAUCAGGAAGAUUAUAUGAGGAAUAAACAGUCCACACUCAUGUGGUAUUAUUGGUGGUAUAAUACAUUCAUUGCGACUACUCAACGAACACUUAACGGUAAGUAAAUUAAUAAAAUAGAGAAUUUCUUUCCUGUAUUUAAAUAAGAAAAGUAAAAUGGGGAUUAUUACGGGAUAGACUUGUAAAAAUGGGACAAAACAUGUCCCAUAUAACUUUCGUCAGGACAACGAUGCAUAAAAUUAAAAUACGGAAUAAUCCCUUAUAAUACAGGAUGUAGCAGCUAAAAAUAUGCAAUAAAAAUGAUAAAAUAAUUGAAAUAGAACAAAUGUUUCACAGUCUUAACGAAUUAACAUUAUUUUUUUAGUUACGACUGAAGCUCCUCGAACUAUGAUGCCUUUAUAUAAGAUGAUUUUUCGUCAUAGUAAGUAAUAGUUAUCAUAUAUUAUAAUUUAUUAAAGCUUCCACUAAUGUGUUAGCACUGUUAAUUAUAACAUAUUACAACGAUAAUAUGUUUAAUGUAUUCUUAUUAGUUGUUCAAAAAAACCGGUAGCUUUGACGAGGAUGUGACAUAUAGGAUUAAGUGUGGUUGAAUUAAGUGAAAACAAACAUCAGGUGUUUUAUGUGACAAGAGUAUGAAGAGACCGGCUAUGUUGAAUGGGUUGAUGUGUUGAGCAGUAGACAGAAAAAUAGAACAGUUAAUGAAUGUAGCAGAGAUUAAAAUGUUUAGGUGGAUGAGUGAAGUGAAGAGAGAAAUUAGGAUACGAAAUAAGUACAUAAGAGCUAGUGGUGGCUUAGGUAGGCUUCGACAGUGGAUAAAAUGAGAGAAAAUAUACAGAGUGUAUUUGGGCAACUCAUGGGGAGAAACGAACCAGAAGCAGUAUGAAACGUAAUAAGAAUGGAAGUAAGAAGAACGAAGAGGAAUUUAUAUGAGGAUGUUGUGGAGGAUCGGGUCAAGUGGAAGUUUAGGACUGAACGAAUAGUUAACGGUAAGUAAAUUAAUAAAAUAUUGAAUUUCUUUCCUGUAUUUAAAUAAGAAAAGUAGAAUGGGAAUUAUUACAGGACAGACUUGUAAAAAUGGGACAAAACAUGUUCCAUAUAACUUUCGUCGGGACACCGAUGUAUAAAGUUAAAAUACGGGUUAAUCCCGUAUAAUACAAGAUGUAGCAGCUAAAAAAAUGCAAUAAAAAUGACAAAAUAAUUGAAACAGAACAAAUACACUUUACCACAGUUCUCACGAAUUCAAUUUUUUUUUUUUUAGAAUCGUCUACUACAUUAAAACCGACUAAAAGAUAUUAAAUGAGAUACAAUAAAAGCACAACCGUUCAAAAGCAGGAGUUGAAGCAGGCACCAGGAGCUAUCAAACCUAUGCUAUACCAUAACAUCUUCCAUGUAUUCGAUCUAUUUUGACCACGCCAUUCACUUUUUUUUUAUAAUUUGUUUAUAAAUAUUAUUUUGAAACCGUCCUUACCUUUCCCAACACCGACUUUACCUUUUCCAUACAAUCAUAAAUCCUAUCACACACAUACCUAUACCUACCUACGUAAACACAUACAUAUACACACACGCACACACACACAUAUCAUAUUUUAACACAAGAAAUAUUUGAUUUUAUGACAUUAGUAACUUAAUUUAGAAUAUAAACAACAAAAAUGUAUAAAAGUAAUUCGAAUGCUGAAUGAUAUGAAAAAAAAAAAAAAAAAAUUGAUAUUAUUACUAUCAUAAGAUUAACCGCUGUAAUAGCUAUUUAUAUUAAAUCGCAUUCAUAGUAGUUGAUCUGAACUUUGUUUUGUUAAAAACGUUUUGGAUAAUACGAGUAUAUAAUUAAUAUUUUUCGUGGUGAAUUUCAUAAUAAAUUAAAUGUACAAUGUGGGGAAAUAUUUUCGAUUAUUAAAGGACCACGAAACAAAAAAAAAAUGACUUUGGCCUAACAAAUAGAUAAUUGUUUAAUAUAACUAACGGUGGUACUAAAAUUUGUAUACGUCGAAUCGUUGAGGCGCUAGAGCCCAAGAGAGAUAGCCGCGUGACGUCACAAGAUCACACGGUGCGGCGGCGGCGGCCUAUACUUUUAUACGGGAAUCGCCGACGUGGUCUAGGAUAUUUAUUUAUAAUUUUUGUUACAUUCUAUUCAAUUAUAAAUAACCUCGUAGUAACAACAAUGAAUGGGCGCAUAAAAAUACUCUGUUUGAAUAAUUAUGUUUUCAUCCAAAACAAGACGUAUUCUAACGUAUUUCCAGACGUAUUCGUUGAAGAACGUAGAUCAAUCGCAUUUUACACGUUUUUUUAAACUAACUUAUUUUUUUAACUUUCAUAUUUUCAUCGUUGGGAUCUUGUUUUAUAGAGAAAGUAAUGUAUUAUAAAUUAUAAUAUUAUAAUAGUCAUUUUUAUUUUAUUUAUUAAUAAUAAUUUGUUAAUUACAUACAUAUUUUAUAUAAAGUUGAAAUAGUUAAGUACUCAUAUUUUGUUAUAUUAUAGGAAGUGUUCUCGCAUAAGCAAAAUAUGUUUUAUAACAAUUUGUAUUUGUUUUUGAUAGUAUAUCACAAAUAUUCAAAUAUGUCAAUAUAUCCAUAUAGUUUUGAGCUCACUGUGAACGAUAUUGAUAUUGCUAAUAUUCGGCCAGAUACAUAUGAACCUAAUUUAUAGCUUUUAUGUUGUUAAAAAUUAUUGUGUAGAUGUGAUACAUAAUGUAUUUGAGGGUGUGCGUCAUUAUGCUACAUU